CAUAAAGAGUGUCAUUUGAAAGCUAUUCUUGUCUUCUGUGUAGAAUCUGUAUUCUGUAGUAUUUACUCAACAUAUUAGAAUAUUAAUUCUGAAGUAUGUGGGAUUAACUCCAGAAAUUGUUAUUUGUAUGACGAACAUGACGUGCUUUUAUUUUGAAAUGUUUACCGAAGAUACGUUCGUUAAAACGGCUAACCGAAAGCUUUCCACUCCGUAAAAAUACAUUCUUCGUCAUUGCUUGUGGUGUCACAAAUAAAUUUAAAUUUUUUUUCGUUAGCUGUUAAUACUGUUAUUUUAUGACUGAUUGGAACUGUACUGCAUUGUUUCGCCACAGGGUGUGUUGUCGUGUAUUUUAUGUUCGGUGUGAAAAAGAAGAAGAAAGUUAAAAGAGGCAUUAGCGGCCUGUUCUCAACUUCUCCCUCACUGCACUUUGGUUCUCAUGGAGAGCACGUUUGCGAAAUAAACGAUAGCCGACGUGCAAAGUAGCAAGUGAGCUGUAAAAAUAGCGAACUUGGUGGCGUGAAAAACGCGGGAGAGCUAAGUGAAGAUAACGAACAGCUAAGCGGAGCUAAGCGAUUCUAAACGGAGCUAGGCGAAGCUAAAUGGCGCUAAAUGAAGCUAAGCGACUGAUACUCAGUCCGUCGUUGUGGAACAGUCGAUUGUAGUGCGUGUGUGUGGGGGAGAGAUAAUAUAUAUGCACCAUUCAAAUGACUUUCUGUUUUGUUAUUUUUUGUUUGGUAUGCUGACAUAAUUAUACAUGACGAAUAGUUGGGGGUGCUGCUGGCUCCGGUGGCCCAAGCCCUUGCUCGUUGGGGCAAGGGCAGCUGGUUGGGGGCCUAAGGCGAUCGCCUACUUCGCCUGAAUAGUAGAUCUGCCUAUGAUCAUACCGUCAGAAUAUCGUACUAGCACAUGCCUACUUUCCUUGAUGUUUGAAUAAUUCUAGUGUCCUCUAAGAUAAGCACCAGAAAUAUAGCCGCAAUACUGCUUUAUCAUUCGUCGCCAUUCUUAAUCAACAUGUCACAUUUCUGGGUCACUUCACUUCUUGUAUCCUCAUCUAUAUCUGUUUGUGCUUGCUAUUAUUUGAUCAUUUGGCAACAUUGACUUGGACACACAGACCAACUCUUAUCUUUUCUACACACCCUACUAUCCACUCUGAUCCAUUAAAACGGCCUGUACACUGAUUCCCUGCUUUAAGGUCUUUAAACAUCAUCCCAUUAGCCUCUUAAGUCUUGUUUGGUCUGUGGUCCUCUCUCAUCUGCCCUUAACCUUCGUCGAAAGCCAUGACUGAUAUGGCAAAGUGGGUGCCAAACUUUGCAUUGAUGAUUUGUGAGAAUGAGAAUUCUACCAUCAGCCACUUUUGCUGGUGUGUUAAAUGUUUUAUGUUAUGUUUUCCAUUGUCUUGUCUCCUUUAUUUAUUUAUUUUUUUUUCAGCAAUUUUCCUUGUGUCAUUUCACCAGCAAUGACUGUCUGCAAAUCUGUGUCAUCACUGUCUCUAGACUAAUUCUCAGCUGAAUAGCUAUCAUGACUGGUGCAUUGAAUGUUUAAUGUUGGUGGAUGUAGACGAUUGCCGUAUACUUGUCCUGAUUAAAUAUUUAGUGGCGUCUGACGGAUGCGUACGGACACUGCUCACAAUGUGAAGUAGAGAACAUAACUGACUUCCAGCGGUCUUAUUUGCUCGGUACUCAUGCACAACUGGGACAGAGAAAAACGUGUGGGAGACAUACUAGGAGGUGAGAGAGGAGGCUAUAUUUAGUUAUUUCAAACAUACCCUAUUUUAUCACUUUAUGGCACGUGCCAGCCUCCGAGGACCCAGUUUGUCCUUUUCAUAAUGGUGGACAGCGCCAGACGCUACUAAAACUGACCUAAAUCACACGUCCUCAGACAAGUGGGCGACUUGUAUUUUGUAGCUUGACUUCAUGGGGGAAAGCAAAUGGUGCCAAUUGCAGAACGCUGCUAAAUGGACUAUACGCUUGCCCAAAAAAGUGUUUUUCCAGCUACAGUUAUUGUUCAUCAAAGGAAAGAUACUGAAGGUCGUACAAUUUCCAUCUGGAAAAUCCAGCAAGGCAUCAUCUCAAAGGCUGGCGCGUAUUUAUAUUUGAAAAUCAAAGUGGCAAUCAAAUCACUAAAUAGGUCCCUAUCCAUUUACCUGUCAUCUGUCAUCUUGUCCACAGUUUAGAAAGAUGACUGUAUAUUUUGCCAUGCUGCUUUGAGAUAUUCUAUAGCUUUCUUUGGCUGCUCCAUAUAUGAGUUAAUUAAUGUGGAAAAUAUAUCUAUUUUCAGCGCUCUGACUCCCUAGUUCAAUUGCUUUCAUGUUUUUUCCAUGUGGAUUACAACGAUCUAAUGCUACUUUUAGCAUCGGCAACAUAGCAGAUUUAGACAGCUCUGUUUGGAGACUAGGAUACAAAAGACGUUUUUAUACAACUCCUUUUGCUGGAUGGCUUUGCACAAAAACAGUUUCAAGUUUUGUGUUUGUUUUAGAAUCACGUAUUAAUAUCAAAUCUAAGAUAGCAAUAGAUGCCAAAUUCACUGUUCAAUUUUAAAUCCAUUCUCAGCAUGGACCACUAAGGUGUGUUUCCCUUUACUAUAUAAAUGCAAAAAAUACAAACUAUGCAAAAGGGUCCCAAAAUAUUAUUAGUGGUGAUCCUAUUAUUAAUGUCACAUCUUUGUUGGUGUUCCAGACUCAGUACUGUGAUACAUGCUUGUAUAGAGUGGGGCUGGAUUGUUCACACUAGAGCUGCAGCUAUCGAUUAUUUUAGUAGUCAAUUAAUUAAUAAAAUAGUUGGACUAAUUGAGUAGAUGGAUAAGGAAGUUAAAAAAAUUAAAAUAGAUGAGCCUAAAAAGCUAUUUAAAAAAAAAAAGUUGAUUAAGUACAAAAAGUGAGCAAUUGGCUAACUUACGUACAUAGCAAAAGUCUGCUAGCUUAAAUGCUAUAAAAUGCAUUUUUUUCCCCCACAAUGCUCUCAACAAAUGGUUCAAACACAUAUUCCCACAAAAACGGCUGAAUCUACCUAUACACUACAUUACGAAUGCAUUAAAAAAAAAAAAAAAAAAAAAAAAGCUAAAACAAAAACUUCGCUUAUGUUGGUCUUAACAGGGAGCAGCUGGAUUCAGCCAUGUGAAAUGUUAUUUCAUAUUCACUGUCGCCAAUAGAGGGCAGUGUAUCCACCCAUAUCAAUAUACCUAAAUGGAAACACUUUAAAAACAAACCAUUAUGACACCACUUUAAUUAAAUGAGUACUUGAAGUGGCACAAUUUUAUUUGAAUCUUUUUUUUUCUAAUCGAAUUACUUAAAUUAAUGGAUUAAUCACACCAUGUUGACAAUUAUGUCUUUUCAAAUGUAAAGAAAGAGAGCGGAAAUUACACAUGUAUUACAAGGAAGACAUAUUACAAAUAUGAUUCUUAAUGUUGCUCACAGAUAUCACAUCCUCCCAUAAUGCCAAUACAACCUCAUCGUCUGAGUUUAAUGUACUGUCAAGUUACGUACUGUCAUGCCGAGGUGACAGAGUUUAUGCACCUGACGCAGCACACAUUUUGCCUGCAUACUCAAUAGUGGAAAUGAAGGCUGAAUCAGGUAAUCCAUAUCCUGCAGUGACUCAAAUGGUAAUAAUGUGGUUAUAAUGGACUGAGUACUAGUAAUUCGUUGGUGUAGUGUUGGAAGCAGGUACCAUAUUUUUCAGACUACAGGGGGUCCUCGGGUUACGAUGUCCUCAACCUACAACAUGAAGACUUUACGACGCCUGUGCCUCGUCCGUCAUUAAGUCCUCUGUACCAUAGUUUCUGCUUAGCUAGUGCAUAGUGCUUGUCUGUGUUUGUGCGCUGGGAGUAUCUUUGCCUUUUUCGCCUUCCAUUUUUCACAUUAUGGCCCCAAAGAAGAAAGCUAGGUCUUCCAGGGUUUGCCAAAAGAAUAGCAAUUUCCAUGGAAACGAUGCUUAAUAUCAUGAGAAGAACUAAGAAAAGUGAGAGACACCGACAAAAAGAUAUGCUGCGUUCAGACCUAUUUAAACCAUCGAGCGAAAACAAAUGCUGUUUUGCAUACACGUAGACCUUAAACCAAACAACUUUCGAUUCACGCAACCUAAUAAUAGGGACAGCAAUGUUACAAAUCGGUUUGCAAAUAUGCUUCAAGUUGAAAUGUUGAUGUGCUAAGCUCUGGCUGCCCCUAAAUGCACCGGGUGUCUGUUUUAUUUUCGUUGUUCAGUGCUUUCGAUUGCAAAUAAACCAUUGAAAACCCUAACUCUCCUUUCACCUCUUAGCAAUAAUGGUCAGUACAGCAUCUUAUUUUUUUAUUUUAAUGUAUUUUACUUUUUUUAUGCUAAGUAUUGACGUAAAUUUCAACUUUAACUAUGGAAUGCGACUUAUGCAGAAAUUCUGGUUACGUCGCCAGCUAGGAAUGGAACUCCGUCAUAACUCGAGGACUCCCUGUAUAAGGCUCAUUAGUGCAUCAUUCUACUAUUUUUUCUUUAUCUUUUAACAUUUUAACUAUUUAUUUAUUCAUUCAUUUGUUAUUUAUUUUAUUGUUUAAUGUAUUGCUUUUAAGAUUGCGUGUCUUGAGUACUUUACUGGAGCAGUGUAAUGUAUAUUAAAAUCUAAAUAUGUUUCAAUUAAACUAGCUAAACUGUAACAUUCCAUGUAAUCUUGACAGUAAACAAAUAACAAAACAAAACAGAAGACAAAGAAUUUAACUAAACCCACUAAACUCAUCAGAUGAUAAAACACAGAUAAAAGAUGGCGUCCUGGUCUGGAUUAACGUUUAAUGAUUAGAAACAUGUAACAGAGACAGAAUUGUUACAGAAAUUUUCAAGAAUAAGCAGAGAUGACUUCUUGAGAGCAAUACAGAAAAGCCAGCAGACCAUCAGUGAAAACGUAAGUCACUGCGAAACUUGUUCAUUCAUCCUUUCAGUUGUGCGAUUCCAAUUUUUUUUGUGAUUUCUGAUUGAACUCAUGUAAGACUGUAGGCAAAAUGUUUCUGCCAAAUUACGUUUAAGGUUUACUUCAUAGUGGACUAUGAAGUCCUGGUGACAAGUAGGACAAACAGGACUUUAGAAAUGAAAUGCUCACUUAGGCUUAGAAUUACCGUACUUGAAACAACCCACCCGUUUCACAUUGAAAUGAUUGAUUGGCCACAAUGCCCAGUUUGUUUUGGAGCCAAUUAAGAGUCCUUUUGAUGCAGAGGUCGCGUUAACCGAAUAUUUUCCGUCGUUGACCGGUUUUUUAAAACGGUGACGGAUAAAACUAAAGUCCAUCUGUCAUUUUGACAGGUUGCAAUUCACACCCCAGACCACAGGGUGGCGAGUGAGCAUAUUAAUUAGCUAUUGUCUCUCUUGAUGCAUGACGCCGUUGGCCUUACUCGGAAAAAUGUCAAGGCAACUGAGUGUCCGAAGUUUCUUCAAAAAGCCCCAAAACGACGAUGGUGUUGGUAAAAGAGGUGAAAAAAGAGGGACUGCACAAGCGGGCACGCAAUUCAAGUCCAUGCACACCAGGAGGAAGGUGUUAGACUGCGUUCAGGCCACAGCAGGUGAACUGUUAAUUUCAUUGUUCCAUAUGUAGCCUACCUACUGGGGCCACAGUCAGCUGUUUUUGUCACUGCGGAGAAAAAGUUACAUAUUCAUCUGCUUGAUGUGUGAUGGCACGGUGUGGAUUCUCUGUUAAGCUUGUUCGGACAGAAUAUUAAUUAAAAAUGAAUGAAAACUAAAUACUAUUGAACAUGUCAUUAUUAUCAUUUUUAAAAUUUAAGUGACGGGUAAAAAUAGAUUAUGACCGGAAUUUUAUGACCCUGUCAGCCAAAAUGACAGACAACGAAAAAGUCUAGCGCAACCUCUGUUUUGAUGUAUAUUUGUGUGUGUAACCCAGAGCAAAAUAUUGAAGCAUUAUACCCAAUAAUGUAGACCAGAGAAAAAUAUUAAAGCGUUAUACCCAAUAACAACAAUAGAGGGCAUGAGCGACACUUGAAUGAAGUCAGAGACUCACAACUAUGACGUCAGCGCAUGCGCACUUCCUUUUGGAACGUUGGCUUUUCUAACUAAGGGGGAAAAGUUUUGUUCGCCCAGAAAGAAAUGAGAAAAAGAGAAAAAAAAGCAAAUUGACGAAUGCAUCAACUGUUGCUGUGUGGCGUCUGUUGCGUGAAGCGAAUUCAGACGGUCACGUGGUGAAAAUAUUGAGCAGAAACCACUCGGCCAAAAGCCUUGUGUGAGAAGAAGAGGACCAGGCGUCGUCAGUUAAGACUAUUCGGUCAGGUUUUUUUUCUGAUUGGAAAAAAAAGAAAGAUCAUCAGAUUGGAUUCAAAAGUGGCGAGCUAGCCAGGAGAUACUUUGAUACGAUUACUGCACUGCAUCAGGUUUAUGUAAUUCUUGCACUCAGUUGAAUACUAAACAUUUUUUGGGUGUCCUUUAAAAAAAAAAAAAAUGGACAUCAUUGAGAAAGAAAAUGUAAAGGUCCCAAAUUCUGUGAUUAUCACUGGUUUGUCUAAUACAGUGGUAGAUGAGGAGAUAAUUGAUUACUUGAAACAAUAUGGCGCUAUAGAGAGACAUAUUGUAAUUCCGCAGUUGCCGGAUCAUCUAAUAGUAGAGUUCAAAACUGGUGCAGCUGUUGAAUUUCUAAAGCUGCCAUUUGACAGAACCGCCGAAGCAAACACCACAGUAGUUCACCAUGUUGAUGCAUUAGCCAAUACAUAUUCUAAUGAGAAAGGCAAUGACAUUGCAGACAAAUUUUUGUCUGAUCUUAAAACCAUGGCGAAAAUAAGUGGUAAAUCAUUUGAGAAUAUUUUGAGAGAGGGCUUAACUAGAAUAACGGAAGUUAUUGGAGAGUCAAACGAAGAGCCUGCUGAUGUUGAAGGACGUGAACCUGAUACAUCCAGAACUAUUAGUUCAGAAGUAAAUGAGAACAUUGCUCCAGCCACAGUAACUUCAGAAUCCAACAGAAAACUUCCAUCUGAACAGAUUAUCCCACCAGAAGUGCAACGUUUAGUUGUCGAACACAUUGUCAAAACCCCAGAUACCUCUUCGCAGAGUAUUUCCACUGCAAGGUUGCGACCAUUUUCAGGUAGGAUGCCAUGUCCAAAUUUUGAAGUAGACUAUGACACUUGGCGAGAUAGUGUUGAGUUUUAUUUAGCUGAUUCCACAAUUUCAGAUAGACAGAUUGUAAGGAAAAUUGUCGACAGUUUAUCAUCUCCAGCUGCCAGUGUAGUCAAGUCGUUAGGUCCACACUCAAGUUCCAGAGCGUACUUAGAACUUCUUGAUGCUGCAUUUGCUACAGUGGAGGAUAGUGAUGAAUUGUUCGCUAAAUUCCUUAGUCUUAACCAAAAUGCUGGUGAAGCAGCAUCCAACUAUCUUCAAAGACUUCAGAAUGUUUUGAACAAAUCUGUACAAAUGAAGGCAAUUUCAGUCAUUGAUGCAGAUAAGCAGCUUUUAAAACAGUUCUGUAGGGGAUGCUGGGAUAAUGACCUUAUAAGACAGCUUCAGCUAGAAAGUAAGGUUAAAGACCCACCCAGUUUCUCUGAACUCUUAUGGCUGCUGCGCACAGAGGAAGAUAAGCAAGCUACAAAAGCCACACGAAUGAAACAACAUUUGGGCUUCACAAAACCCAAAGCCCAAACCCAAGCUCACAAUAUCAGUUUUUGUGACAAGACUGAUAGCAUCUCAACUGCUGAAAUGAACAAACAACCUACAGAACUACAGAAAAUUCAGAAGCAACUUGUCAGUCUUCAGUCUCAAAUUGCAACAUUAAUGCAACUCAAAGAAAAUAAACCUACAAUGAACCAAGGAGAGAAAACCAAAAACAAAAAGCCUAGUGACAGGAGGGAAUCAUCUAGUGUGAAGCAAUCUCCAGUCAAACCUAGCUCUGUGUCCAAACGACCAAGACCAUGGUAUUGCUUUCACUGUGGUGAGGACGGACACAUUAAAACAUCUUGCAACAAUCCUCCCGACCCUGCACUUGUGAAUGCCAAGAGACAAGAGCUGAAAGCCAAACAAGAAGCUUGGGAGAAGAGCAACGCAGCAGAUAAUUUAAACAUGUAGCUGUUUCCAUUGAGGGGCAAAUGGGAACAGAAGUGAAAGAAAGUCCCAAAACUAACACUGUGCACAAAUCCAGAAUUUCACUAAAACAACACCAAACACUCCAAACAAGAACAAUUCCAAAAGGGCUUGUUGGCACCAAAACUGCAGCUAACAUUAAAGUCAAUGGAAUUGAAUGUAAUUCACUACUCGAUACCGGUUCACAGGUCACCACGGUUUCAAAAUCGUUUUACAAUUUGCACUUGUCAGACCAAAUAAUGCACCCAAUUAGUGAUAUUCUUGAAGUGGAAGGAGCAACUGGUGAUUUGGUCUCCUAUGCUGGUUAUGUACAGUUAAAUGUACAAUUUCCUAAAGAGUUCAUUGAUUGUGAACCUCAAAUUCAAACUCUAGCCUUAGUUGUGCCAGAUGUUCGCUCCAACAGCGACACCCCAAUACUGAUUGGAACUAACACUUUAGAUCCACUUUAUGAACAGUACUGUGACUCCAUACCUUCAAUUAACCCUUAUUGUGGUUAUCAUCAAGUACUGAGGAUUUUACGAUUUAGACAGGAUCAACAAGAUGACCAGUUUGGGUUUGUAAAAUUGCGAAGCAGGAAACCAGAUGUUAUUCCAGCUGGUCAAAAAGUUGUAUUAGACGGGUUUGUUAAUGUCAGUGGUGUCAGCAAUGAAAAAUGGGCAUUGCUUGAACAACCCACCCUGUCAUCAUUACCGGGUGGAAUCUUUAUUGACAGUUGUCUCAUUACUCUACCGGCCUGUUUCCCACACAAAAUUCCAGUUGUGCUUAAUAAUGAGACCAACCGUGAUAUUUCUUUGCCCAUUAAUUGUGUUGUUGCCAAACUUAGUGUACCCCAGAAAAUUACUGACAUCCAGAACGUUCCGCUAAGUCAGAAAUGUGAAGGAAGUUCUGAAGAGUUUGCUAAACCGACAAAUCAACAGACAUAUGACACAUCAGGAAGUCUAAAAUUUGAUUUUGGAGAUUCCCCACUUCCAGAAGAGUGGAAGGCUAGAAUCAUUAAAAACUUGAAUACAUACUCUGAUGUUUUCUCUCAUGAUGAUCUCGAUUUUGGUCAUGCAACUAAAGUUAAACACAGAAUACAGCUAAAAGAGGAUACUCCUUUUAAACAGAGACCUCGUCCUAUACAUCCUCAGGAUUACAACGCUGUAAGACGUCACCUCCAAACGCUCCUAGAUGCUGGGGUUAUACGCGAAUCAGAAUCACCAUUCUCAUCUCCUAUUGUUGUUGUAAAAAAGAAGAAUGGUGAUAUUCGUUUGUGUGUUGAUUAUCGAAAAUUGAACAGCCAGACUAUCAAAGAUGCGUACGCUUUACCUAACCUUGAAGAAUCAUUCUCGGCACUCAAUGGGUCUCAAUGGUUCUCGGUUAUGGAUUUAAAAUCGGGCUACUAUCAGAUAGAGAUGGAGGAGAGCGACAAGGCGAAAACAGCAUUUGUAUGUCCGCUUGGUUUCUGGGAGUGGAAUAGAAUGCCACAGGGAAUAACUAAUGCGCCAAGCACCUUCCAGCGCUUAAUGGAGAAGUGCAUGGGUGACAUCAACUUGCGCGAAGUUUUGGUUUUCCUUGACGACAUAAUAGUUUUUUCAAAAACUUUAGAGGAACAUGAGAUUCGUUUAGCCAAAGUUCUUGAACGGUUACGAGAAAAUGGUUUGAAAUUGUCACCAGAGAAGUGCCGUUUUUUUCAAACGUCAGUUCGAUACCUCGGACAUAUUGUGUCUCGAAAUGGAGUGGAAACCGAUCCAACAAAGAUCGAAGCUUUAAAAACCUGGCCGAAACCUCAGACACUUAAGGAACUGAGAUCAUUUUUAGGCUUCGCUGGGUACUAUCGCCGGUAUGUGGAGGGAUAUUCAAAAAUCACAAAGCCCUUAACCAACCUUUUGACAGGCUACCCACCUAGCCGUAAAAUGACCAAAGUAUAUAAAAAUGCCGAUCAGUACCACGACCCAAAAGGCCAAUUCGGAGAAAGAUGGACAGCUGAUUGUCAAAAUGCAUUUGAAGACAUAAUCGAGAAAUUAACGUCAUCUCCAGUUCUCGGUUUUGCUAAUCCCGAGAAACCUUACGUCCUUCAUACGGACGCCAGCACAACGGGACUUGGGGCGGCAUUGUAUCAGGAGCAGGAUGGGCAGAACAGAGUUAUUGCUUAUGCGAGUAGGGGUCUUUCAAAGAGCGAAGCCCGAUACCCAGCACACAAGCUGGAAUUUCUAGCUUUAAAAUGGGCUGUUACUGAGAAGUUUCACGAUUACCUGUAUGGAAAUACAUUCACGGUUGUAACAGACAACAAUCCACUCAGGUACAUUCUCACCACUGCAAAGCUAGAUGCAACCAGUUACCGUUGGUUGGCCAACCUGUCUACUUACUCCUUUGAUAUCAAAUACCGGGCGGGAAAACAAAACCAGGAUGCUGAUGGGUUAUCAAGAAGGCCACAUGGAGAAUUGAUCAAUGACCAAAUCUCUCAAGACGAAAUAAUGAGAAUUCGUGAUUUCACCUCACACCAUUUAGUUUCUGAAGACGUAGUCAAGGCAAGCUGUCAACAUCAUACUUUGGUACAAGAAGAAGAGCUAGGUCAGUCUCCUUGUUUUAUAGAGUCACUAGCACUCCAUCCGAAUGCUAUUCCAGCCGCCUUUGAAGAAGAUGGAGAGAUAUCUGAUGAACUU